UUAUAAAAGUGGUGCUCUACUAAAACUGAUCGAGUCAAGUUCAUUCGUAGUGGAUGUUCAGGUGGACCACUCACUCUGUAUUCAAUCCGCCACGCCAACUCAGAACUGUAUUCAAGUGACGACUAUUAUUCUGGUCAACGAUAAAGAGUACGUGAUAAAACACGACGUAAACGGCACAUUUAAAGUAUACACUGCAGAGACAGAGCACCCAGUACCAUGCAAAUUCGAUGGAUUUGAAGCUAAGAAAUUAUCAGCAAAUGCUUUUGUAGUCAAUACAAAUGAAGAUACCUUAUCCAUUCAAGGAACAAAUAAAGGGAUUAUAAAAGUAACGGUUCAAAAAUUGAACGUGAAACCUGUGAGUGGUUUAUGCGGAAAUCUGGACGGAAACCCAGAAAACGAUGUGGCGGCCUCUGAUGUGAAAUCUUUCGUCAAGAAAUGUGAGGAGGGUCGUAUUUUUUCGUUCAUAAAAAAAUGGAAAAAUAUUCUGUUCUCAGAGGGAAAAAUCACAGCGACUGUGUUUUCCGAGGCAGCCAUUAAAGACUCAUUCUGUUACGCUUUGAAACAAAAUCCGAAGUUUGCUGAAUGCAGAAAAAAAAUGGGACCCAAUGUAGUUGAAGCCUACUUUGAGGCAUGCAUGGGUGAUUACCUGAGCUGUCCGUUAGAGAAUAAACAAGACUGUGGUUGCACCACGAUUGAGGUGCUAACCGAAAUCUGUGGGAGGAUGAACGCUCCUGUGGAGAAAUGGAGGCAAUCGAAUUUCUGCCCUCUAGAAUGCGGGGGAAGACUUUACAGUUCCUGUGCUCCAGCUCAUCAACCCACCUGCCGGGACGCUUUAGUUCUGCCCACCAUUCCCGAGGCGUCGGGUGAUGAGUGCCAAGAGGGAUGCAUCUGCCCCUCUGGAACUUUCCUGCAUAACGGUUCAUGCAUCGCUGCAGACAAAUGCCCAUGUCUACGGAUGGGCAAAGAGUACGAUUCCGGCGACACAUUUACCGAAAACUGUAACACUUGCACCUGUCAAGCCGGAGAAUGGCACUGCACGUCAAAAGUUUGUAGCGCGGAGUGUUCAGGGUUCGGAACAUUCCAUUACCGAACAUUUGAUAAAUCUCACAUUACUUACAAUGGAUUCUGCUCAUACACCUUGAUGAAAACAGAAAAUGUGUCUAUUUACAGCAUAUGUGACAAAAAGUUUGGAAAUUCACCGAUGCAACCGUCAACUUGUGCCAGACACAUCCUCAUCGAAAUGCCUGAAAAUCGUAUCGAGCUAAGGGAGAAAAGAAAUGUUGUAGUUGACAAUUUGUUUCAAGAUAACUUACCAAUCAAUGUGAAAAAUCUUGCGACCAUUAGAAUAGCAUCGUCUAUGUUCAUUCAAGUGCGACUGUGGAACAGUGUGGAGGUAAAUUGGGACGGCCAUUCGUUAUUCAGCAUCUACGUUCCCGGAGGUCUUCAAAAUCAAACGAAGGGUUUAUGUGGGACGUUCAACUUCAACCAAAAAGAUGACUUCCUCACUCCCGAGAAUGACAUCGAAAGUGGUGUCAACCUCUUUUUCCAGAAAUGGGCUGUACCUGGAUCUUGUGUUCGUGACGUCGAUUCGGAGGCAUCAAGUCAGGUUUGCACAGCAGAAAAAAAUAGGAGAGAUAUUGCUAUUGGUGCCUGCCAAAUCAUUAAAUCUGAGACGUUUUUAGAAUGCCAUAAAGUUGUCGACCCUACUCUUUAUUAUGAAGACUGUUUAUCGGAAGCAUGUGGAUGUGCUGGAAAGCAUAAAGCCUCCUGUUUUUGCGCUGCGGUUGCCGCAUAUGCGCAGGAGUGUGCAAAUCAGAAUGUAUCAAUUUCCUGGAGGUCAACGAUGAAAGAGUGUGGUAAGAUUCUGUUCAGUUAA